GCAAAAUCCAGAUUCGGUCUUCUCUGUCGGCCCGAUUCCUUCCCCCCGUCACCGUUCAAACCAUUUCCCGUGCCUCGAAGACGACCGGCGAAAAAUUCCAAGUCAAAAUCUCUUCCCCCCGCUUCCUCUUUUACUCUCCUCGAUCUCCCCUUUCUCCGCCGCCGCCGCCGCCGCCGCCGCCGCCGCCGUCUUCCUCCAUGCCGCGCCGGAUUCGCGGAAGCGGCGCUCUCUGACCAUGCAAGGGCCGACGGCGAAGGCGGUAAAGGGACCCGCGAUGGCGACGAGGGCCGUGGUCGAGAUGAGGCGCCUCGUGUCGAGGAUGGAGCCCGAGGCGGUGACCCUGCUCCUGGUGAACCUCGCCGGCAUCAUGGAGCGGGCCGACGAGUCCCUGCUGCCCGGCGUGUACAAGGAGGUCGGCGCCGCCCUGCACGCCGACCCGACCCGGCUCGGCUCGCUCACGCUGUGCCGGUCGGUGGUGCAGUCCCUCUGCUACCCGCUGGCGGUCUACCUGGCGGCGCGCCACAACAGGGUUCACGUGAUUGCGCUCGGCGCGUUCCUCUGGGCCGCCGCCACGUUUCUUGUGGCGUUCUCAUCUACUUUCUUCCAGGUGGCAGUAUCAAGAGCUUUGAAUGGCGUUGGGCUUGCCAUAGUAGCACCUGCAAUCCAGUCUCUUGUGGCUGAUUCGACGGACGAUAACAACCGGGGUAUGGCUUUUGGAUGGCUACAAUUGACUGGCAAUCUCGGUGCCAUGGUAGGUGGACUAUUUUCUGUGUUGAUAGCUCCCACAACAUUCAUGGGGAUCCCUGGGUGGAGAAUUUCCUUCCAUUUGGUUGGACUAAUAAGCAUCUUAGUUGGAAUUCUAGUCCGCCUCUUUGCCAGAGAUCCACAUUUUGCUGAUGACCAUGCCAAAAUUACUGGGCAAACUUCAAGUAAAUCGUUUCGCUCAGAAGUGAAGGACUUGUUUCAAGAAGCAAAGUCGGUGAUAAAGAUUCCAUCAUUCCAAAUAAUUGUUGCUCAGGGCGUAACAGGUUUAUUCCCCUGGUCAGCUUUGUCAUUUGCGACAAUGUGGUUGGAGCUUGUUGGGUUCUCCCAUAAUGAAACUGCAUUUCUCAUAGCACUUUUCGUGAUUGCUAGUUCCCUUGGGGGACUUUUUGGAGGUAAAAUGGGAGAUUUUCUUUCCAGACGUCUACCAAACUCUGGAAGAAUAAUUUUAGCACAGAUAAGCUCAGCAUCAGCUGUACCACUCGCAGCAAUACUUUUGCUGGCUCUUCCAAAUGAUUCAUCCACUGCGUUUGUCCAUGGCUUAGUUUUGUUCAUUGUGGGCUUCUGCAUAUCAUGGAAUGCUCCAGCAACAAACAAUCCUAUUUUUGCAGAAAUAGUCCCUGAAAAAUCCCGAACAAGUGUCUAUGCCCUGGACCGAUCAUUUGAGGCCAUACUAUCAUCAUUUGCUCCUCCUUUAGUUGGAAUACUAGCCCAGAAUGUGUAUGGUUACAAAGAACUUCCCAGAGGAUCUACUGAAUCGCAGGAGAUCGAGACUGAUAGAGAGAAUGCGGCCUCGCUGGCCAGGGCACUGUACGCAGCUGUAGGCAUUCCCAUGUCUCUCUGCUGUGUCAUCUACUCGUUCCUCUACUGCACAUACCCACGAGAUAGAGAGCGGGCUCGGAUGGAGGCUCUAAUAGAAUCAGAGAUGCAACAGUUAAACUUGGAUGACAUGUCCCCCAGUGGAGUCGGUACUGGUGAUCUGGUUGACGGAUCAGACAUUUAUGGUAGGGAGAGAAGCGUCAUCGAUGUUCAUUAUGAGGGGGAGGAUUCCACCGAUAUUGAGGAUGGUGACGAAAAGACGUUGCUUUACCGUCAAUUGACGUUCGCUAAUCUGGGCAAGUAGUCACACAACGCAGCUAGCUGAAGCCAGUAUCAUUUUUGAAAUUGAAAAUCUUCAAUGCGGAACUUCAUGGAGGUAGGAAAGGUUUUUCAGAGGUAUACUCAUAUGAAACUUCUGUAGCUACAAUCGACAAGCAGAGACCUUGCAAGAGUUUUGUUUUGUACAGAGGGAGAGGUUAGUGUAGAGAUUAGAGUAGCUACAUUUAAUGAAUUUGUGGAGGUGAACUGUGCUCUUUAGCAGCUAUGCAACCGCAGCCAAAUGGACGGCUGAUUUCUUUCGACA